AUGGCUGGUGAUGUAGAAGCAGCAGUAGGAAGAGGUAAAACAAAAAACAGCUUAUUAAGAAAACAACUUGCUGUUGCUGUAAGAAGUGUUCAAUGGAGCUAUGCAAUCUUCUGGUCGUCUUCAUCUACUCAAUCUGGGGUUUUGGAGUGGGGAGAAGGAUGUUACAAUGGAGAUUUAAAGAAGAGGAAGAAGAGACACGAAGCUCACUAUAAAUAUGGGCUGCAGAGAAGCAAGCAACUUAGAAAACUUUAUCUGUGCAUGCUUGAAGGAGAUAGUAGUAGUACUAUUAGAACUACUACUCAUGAUGUUGAUGAUCAUAGUGAUGAUGAUGAUCAUAAUUGUAACAGUACAAAUAUGAUGCUGUCACCAGAUGACCUCUCUGAUGAAGAGUGGUACUAUUUAGUGUCUAUGUCCUAUGUCUUCUCUCCUUCUCAGUGUUUGCCAGGAAGAGCUUUGGCGAUGGGUGAGACCAUAUGGCUUUGCAAUGCUCAAUACGCGGAAAACAAACAUUUCACUCGUUCGUUAUUAGCAAGAACUGUUGUGUGUUUCCCUUACUUGGGCGGUGUGAUUGAGCUGGGCGUCACAGAACUGAUUUCAGAAGAUGAUAGUCUGCUUCAACACAUCAAAUCUUGCUUGUUGGAGACUUCCAAACCCGACUGCUCUUUAAACAACUUCUCAGCCCACCAAGACAACGAUGACGAUAAGAAUCAAAUGAAAAUGAAGACCACUGAUGGAAAUUCGGCACUCCAAGAGAAUCAUCAGAUUCAAUUUGGUAUUUCUGAUCUUAAGUCAGAUGAAGACUUGCAUUACAAAAGAACUGUCACAAGAGUACUCAAAUACGAUGCGGAUUUAUCGAAAAGGAACGAUAAGAACACUCAUCAUCGUCAGUCGGAUCUUGUCUCUUCUAAAUCUGGCUCAAGUUUCUUGCGGUGGAAGCGACGUGACCAGUCGAACUCAAAUCUUCUUCAAAAACACAGCAGUUUUAGGCCGUCUUCACAGAAUGUGCUGCGGAAGAUAUUGCACGAUGUGCCUUUGAUGCACUCUGAAGACACCAAGAGUAUGUUCCCAAGUAAGAGACUUGGUCUGAAUCAAGAUGAACCUUCGGAUAGAAGAAAGGAGGACGAAAAGUUCAGUGUCCUUAGAGCUAUGGUUCCCACUGUCAACGAGGUUGAUAAAGAAUCGAUACUAAACAAUACAAUCAAGUACUUGAAAGAGCUGGAGGAAAGAGUAGAGGAGCUAGAAUCUUGUAUGGGAUCAGUUAAUUUCGUAGAGAGGCAAAGAAAGACGACAAAGAGCCUUAACGACUCUGUGUUGAUCGAAGAGACAUCAGGGAAUUACGAUGUCAGCACGAAGGUCGAUGGAAACGCAGGAGAAACCGAACAAAUCACUGUGUUCAGAGAUGAGACACAUUUGAGAGUGAAACUCAAAGAAACAGACGUUGUGAUCGAAGUAAGAUGUUCGUACAGAGACUACAUAGUUGCAGACAUCAUGGAAACUCUGAGCAAUCUUCACAUGGAUGCUUUCUCUGUUAGAUCUCAUACAGCUAACGGGUUCCUCACACUGAAUCUCAAGGCAAAGUUCCGUGGGGAUGCAGUUGCGUCAGUAGGAAUGAUUAAGCGAGAGCUGAGGAGAGUCAUUGGGGAGAGUGUGAGAACUACUUAG